AUGCCGCAGCGCAGUACCGAAGAAUCCCUCUAUGAUAUGAUGCAGUUGAUAAGAACUAAGCUAACGGACAAAAAACUUAUCCUGCUCAUAUCAUUAGACAUAGAGGGCGCCUUCGAUAAUGCAUGGUGGCCUGCAAUAAAAUGUAGACUCGCGGAAACGGCGUGCCCAGUAAACUUGAGGCGCCUUAUAGACAUCUAUCUUAAGGAUAGAAUGUGCAAUAUCGACCGUUCGAAGAACAGUCUACACGAAUUAUUUGUAUCUUUCAUGGCUGGCAGUCAUGACAUUGUAUUAUUAUCAGAACCAUAUGUUGGUCCGGGUCUGGAACUCAAAGCUAUUCACGGUGUCCAAAUUAUACAGUUCCCAUCAUCAGUUGCUAGGGUUAAGGCCUGCAUUCUUGUAAGGCCUGGUUGUGGCUCAAUAAUAGGGCUUACACAAUACUCCACACCUAGUCUCUGUAUAGCACGCCUCUCAGCUGGGAAUCGUGUUAUAUACAUAGCUUCAGUUUACAUAGAACCGGACAGAGAUGAGUCAGCCACUCUGGACAAAUUAGAUGUCUUUCUUAAGGCUACAGGCGACUCACCUAAAAUAAUUGGGGGUGACUUCAACGGCUGGCAUCCCAUUUGGGGCAGCCCCGUCGCCUUUACUGGGAUGGUGACGUGGUCGACCUAG